AUGUCGGACCGCGACGAGGACGACGACCGGCUGAGCCUCAACUUCGGUGAGGAGCAAGACGAAAGCACACCGUGCAGCGAAGACGAGCAGAGCGAGGCCGACGGCGCCGGUGUCGUGACGUCCGGGCCGGCUGCGAAAGGCUCCGCCACGAGGCGCGACGACAAGGACCGUGUGACGGCACCGGUGCUGACGAAGUACGAGCGGGCGCGCAUCCUGGGCACGCGGGCGCUGCAGCUCAGCAUGAACGCCCCCGUACUGGUGGCGCUGGAGGGCGAGACGGACCCGCUCACCAUUGCACAAAAGGAGCUGCGCGAGGGCGUCAUACCGCUCAUCAUCCGGCGGGUGCUGCCGGACAACACGUACGAGGACUGGCGGAUCAGUGAGUUGGACAUCGACUUCGACCGCCCCGCUGACGAGCGCUACACGAACAUCUAA